UGUUUAUUAAAUAGAUUUAUUUUAUUUUUAUUUAUUUAAGCAGGCAGAUAAAAGAUUUAUGUAUAUACUUGCCAAGCAAUUGGAUUUUUGGAGCAGUAAGUUCACAAAUUUGCAGCUGUUAGAACAAUUUCCAAGCAAUGAGUUUAGUUUUCAAGAGAAGACAUAUUCAUUAUUUGUGAUUCAAGUUAACCCAGUUUGCAGAAAUUGCCAAGUCAUGGACCUCAAGCCCCUGCAAUCUGUUGAUAAUCUAUCCAAAUCAUGGCUAGAAAAAAUGUUGUCCUCCUACCACAGACAAAGUGUUUUCUUGGAGAACUAUGAACUUGAUAUACCUUCCAAAACUCAAGGAUUUCUGAGUGAUAUCUUUUUUCUCAAAACUACUUAUUAUCUAACUGGAAUUAAGGAGAGCACUAAUCUCGUGGUCAAGCUACUUCCUUCAAAAAAAGAACUUAUCAAUUUCAUUAAGGAAGGCUAUUUAGCUGAAAGAGAAGUUAAAUUUUAUGAGUUCAGUGUUUCUGAAGUCUUCCAAAGGGUAUUAACUGCCUCUCCAAUUUGCCACUUAAUUCCUAAAAUAUAUUAUUCAGCUGUGAAUGAGUCAAGCGUUACAUUGGUAAUGGAAGACCUGAGAGACUACAACUAUGAGCCUGUGAUCGUCAGAGAUGGAAGUGACCUGCAGCAGACUGUGGCAAUUGUGCGAUCAGCUGCCGUGGUUCAUGCGGCAGGCGUUCUCUACCGCAUUGAAAAUGGCAGCUUUCCCGAUCUCCAGAGCGUCGACAAAAAAUUUUAUGAUGAGACCCUGAAAACUAAUCUAAAAUAUUUAGCCUCAAGAUACGCUGGUAAACCAAUAGCUAAUGUCUUUUCACAACUGAUUGAACUGACGAAUGAAAUGUACAUUUAUACAGCUAGAUAUCCUUUGUUUGACACGAUCAUCCACGGGGAUCUAUGGGCGGGACAAAGUCUUUUUUCCUCAAAUCGCGAAAGUGUUUGCUUGAUUGACUGGCAGUUUUGUGCUGUGGGAAAUCCGGUCAUUGACUUGCAGGGACAGUUCUUCAUGAGUACCGACCCUGUUGUCCUAGACACUAAUCUUGAAGAAAUUUUGAAGCAGUAUUGGUCAAGUUUCAAUGACGUCUUGUCGAGAGAAAACGUGGCUAGUCCAUGCACGUUUCAAGAAUUCAGUGAGUGUGUUGACAAGCUUUGGAUUUGUGGAUUCUUCUAUCUUGCCGUGAGCAUUCAUGAUUUCAUUGACGGGGGAAACAUUAGUGAUAAAAGACUGGACGGUUAUGUAGAAUUUUUGUCCAAAAGAAGAAUACUUGAAUCUUUCCUAGAGAGUCUUCCUGGCAAGAAUGUCAGGUUGAAUCAACGUUGAAACAACGCACUUUGCGACGUUAAAAUAGCGUAGAUUAUUAGUCCAGAAUGAAAAGCAAAUCAACAUAAUUUUUUCAACGUCGUACAUUUCGACGUUGUUUCAAUGUAGAAAUCGUGUUGAAUUCUGACGUUAAAAGUGCAUUUAUUAAAUAGGUUUCAUCAGGGUAACCUGUUCUAUCAUGAAUGUCAGAUAACUCACGCAAUUCCAAAAUUUAAACAACGUCGUAAUAUGCGACUUUGAAAAAAUGACAUUGAUUCACUUUUCAUUGUAGACUAAUAUUCUACGUUAUCUCAACGCUGCUAUGUUUGUUGGUUCAACCUGACAUUGCCUGCUUGGAUGGCGACAUGGGCUGAAGUGAAGCCAUAAUCAUGGACGAUUAAGGCUUUUCUGAAGGUCAAAUGUUUCACUUGGUACAGUCUGAAAACAAAAGAAAGAUGUCCAUAGAUUUUAGAGCUUUCGUGUCAAUUUUGUUGGGUAUUUUAGAAAAAUUUUCUUAUCACCUCUUGGCUACACAAGUACUCAUUCCAAUACAUACGUGUUGAAGAGGAGAGAUUUGUACGAUAUUUUUUGAACGUACUGAGCUGUAAGUGUAACUGUAGCUUUGACUGGGAAACUAUUCGACUUUCAUCUGUUACUAGAAUUUAAUUUAUUUGUAUUUAAGAUUGAAAUCAAAUGUUUCCAGUCUCUGUUUCGUUGCAAAGUGAGACUUUACUGCUACUUUAUUUUGAUGUAUUUAAUGAAGACUGCAUUAGUUUCAUUUUUUCAUGAUAUU